AGGGAGAAACGAUUAGGGCUUCUGAGAUAGAAAGUGAUAAGAUGGUUUCUCGCGGAUCCAGCGGCGACGGCAGUAAAGUUUCGAAACUGCACGAUAGAGAUUCAGAAAUCGAGAAACAUCCGCCGGCGACAAAGAAGUCCAAAUAUCCGCCGCCGGAGACGAAGAAGUCCAAAUAUCCGCCGCCGGCGACAAAGAAGUCCAAAUAUCCGCCGCCGGCGACGAAGAAGUCCAAAUAUCCGCCGCCGGAGACGAAGAAGAAUCCGCCGGAAUUGAAGAAUUUCAAAUACACGGAGACGAAGAAGCGGAUCAAUAGGAUACGCAGACAACUCCAGAAAUUAGAGCUGGAUUUUAAGGACAACAACCGGAUCAAUAAGAUACACAAACAAAUCAAUAAAUUGGAAGAUAAGGAUUUCUCCGAGACUUAUACUAUCAUCUAUGAGCGGGAUUCUACCACCCACAAAAAUCCCAAUAAUCCCAAAAUAAAGCGAGAUGUCAGUGAAGCUGCUAGACUAGCAAUGGGUUACUUCAGUCAAACAUGUUCCACCAGAUACUAUGUGGCGGACGUGAUCAGAGCAACCGAAUACAUGUGCUCCGGUCGUGUAUUGUGUUUGACGUUCACCGCCAGGCCCGCGGGUUCCCAAAAUGCCCAAACUUUCAAAGCGGAGAUUUACUACGGACCCGGUGCAGCUGACGUCAAUUUUGUUCAUCUUGUUGAUACUUAGUUUUUAUAGGUAAAUAAUAAUUAAAUAUAUAUUAUUUAAAUUCAGUAUUUGCGACGUUAUUCCCGUUCAUCCGAAUGCAUCUUAAGGCUUUGUUUGGUUCAUCGAUUUUAGAAUGACGAAAAUUAAAAUGUGAAAAGCAAACGAAUUUGAAAAUCUCUAGUGUGUUUGGUUGGUUAUGGAAAAUAAUUAUUUUCUAGAAAGUUAUUUUCUUUGAU